AUGUUUGCACGUUCGAUCCUGCGGAUCUCUGGUCCUGCGCGCCAGAGCGCCCGCUCGUAUGCUAGUGAAGCAGCUCCCAAAAGCGGCUCAUACACGCCGUGGAUAGUCGGCGCAGCAGCAGUGGGUGCCGGACUUGGAGGCUAUUCCUUCCUCGGCAACAAGAAAGUCAGCGCCGAAGCUGCACCCACCACCGACAAGCAGCCCGAAAAGACCACCAAGCCAGCCUUCACCGGUGGUGACCAAGGCUUCAUCGACCUCAAGCUGAAAGAGGCAAAAGACUACAACCAUAACACCAAGACCUUCAUCUUCGAGCUUCCCUCGCCUGACCACAUCUCCGGUAUGAACACCGCUAGCGCCGUCAUCACGAAGUACAAGGCCGAGGACCAAGAAAAACCCACCAUCCGGCCAUACACUCCGACUAGCCAUCCUGAUGAAAAAGGGACAAUUGAGCUGCUCGUCAAGAAAUACCCCAACGGUCCCAUGUCCGAACACAUCCACUCUCUCAAGCCCGGCGACACCCUCUCGAUGAAGGGGCCCAUUCCAAAGUACCCUUGGUCGCCCAACAAGCACGAUCACAUCACCUGCAUCGCCGGCGGUACAGGUAUCACACCCAUGUACCAGCUGAUCCAGACCAUCUUCAAGAACCCUGAAGACAAGACGAAGGUCUCCCUGGUAUUCGGCAAUAUCUCUGAGGACGACAUUUUACUGCGAGAAGAAUUCGACAAGAUCGAGAAAGCAAACCCUAAGCAAUUCAAGGUCUUCCAUAUGCUGGACAAGCCGUCGGAUAAGUGGGAAGGUGGAAAAGGCCAUGUCACGAAAGAGGUGUUGAAGGAAGUGGUGCCAGAUGCGAAAAGCGAGAACAUCAAGGUCUUUGUCUGCGGUCCUCCAGGCCUGUACAAGGCUGUUAGUGGCCCAAAGGUCAGCCCGACUGAUCAGGGUGAUCUGGGAGGUAUCCUGAAGGAGUUGGGAUAUACGAAGGAGCAGGUGUACAAGUUCUAG